AUGACUACUAAAAAAGUGCGCCCAACCGAAUCGUUUGGGAAGAUUAUAAAGUUUUUCCAUUUAAUUUCUCGCUUGGUCGGUGCUGAUGUCGCCGAUGAGAAUUAUCGCGUCAAUAUUAUCACCAUUACUUUAAUAAUCUGCAUUGUGGCUUACUUCAUCUUUACCGGCACCACAGUGGCCAGUGUCUUUUCGGAAAACUGGACCUACUUGCUGGAAGCGUCCUGUAUGGUGGGCAGUGUGUUGCAGGGAAUCACUAAACUCAUUUCGGCGUUUGCUUUCGCCAAAGAAAUCUGUGGCAUUCGCAUAGAGUUGGAAAAUCUGUAUCGUGAAUAUGAAGUGAAGGGCGACGACUACGCCGAGGCGCUAAAUAAAUCUUGUGAACGUGUGUGGCAAGUCAUAAAAAUGGUGGGACAAGUGUAUUUUGUUGCAGGCGGGGGCAUAAUAUUGAUUACCGUCGUUUUGAUAUUUGCAUCUAACGAAAAAGUAUUUUUAAUGCAUUUCAUGAUACCUGGCAUUGAUGUCGACACGCAAGUGGGUUAUCUGAUGACAUUGACCCUGCAUACUAUGUGCUUUCUUUUUGGCGCUUUCGGUCUUUUCGCCGGCGAUCUAUUCUUUUUACUCUUCUUAGGGCAGCCGAUGUUGUUUCUUGAUUUGUUGGUGUUGAAAGUGAAGUCGCUAAAUGAGGCUGCUGCUGAAAAUAGCAGUACCGCUGAACGGCUGCUGAUCGAUAUUAUUGAAUGGCAUCAAUACUAUACGGACUAUAAUCUGCGUUGUAAUCGUAUCUUUUAUUAUAUAAACAGCAUGCAAAUCGUCACAUCGGGCAUCUCAAUUAUAUGCACGCUCUAUAUUAUUCUACUGGGUGACUGGCCUGGAGCGUAUCUAUAUAUUCUAAUCGCCUUUGGCGGUCUCUAUCUAUACUGCAUAAUGGGCACGAAAAUUCAAACAUGCAAUACCUCAUUUUGCGAUGAGCUUUGGAAUAUAAAUUUUUACGAUUUAGCGGUGAAAAACCAAAAGAUGAUAAUACCCAUUUUAAUGAAGGCACAAAAUCCAAGUGAGAUUAAAGUCGGCGGUUUCUUACCACUCUCCGUACAAACUGCGCUUCAGAUUACCAAAACGAUUUAUGGUAUAUUUACCAUGAUGCUCCGCUUUUUGGAAGAGAACCAAUAA